AUGGCAGAGAUAGAGAAACGAGAAGAAGCCUCCGCCCCCGAGGCGCAGGCUGAGGCGGCCGAACCGCAACAGGCCGAAGCUGAAGAAGAGGCUCCCCAGCAGUUCGACUUCGGUGAGCGUCGUCGCAGAAAGAAGAAGGAGAAGAAGGAGACCGAACAAGCUGAAGAGGAGGCGACGAUUAUCGAUGGGACUGGAGAAGUGUUCAAGCGCGGAAAGGAGUACACCUACCAAGAGAUGCUUCAACGCAUCCAAACUUUGAUUGAGAAACACAACCCUGAUCUCUCUGGAGCGAAGCGUUACACCAUCAAGCCGCCACAAGUCGUCCGCGUCGGUUCCAAGAAGGUUGCGUGGAUCAACUUCAAGGACAUCUGCAACAUCAUGAACCGUCAGCCUGACCACGUGCAUCAGUUCGUCUUGGCGGAGCUCGGCACAGAAGGUUCCAUUGCCGGAGACGGCCAGCUCGUGUUGAAGGGAAAGUACGGGCCGAAGCACAUUGAGGCUCUCCUCAGGAAAUACAUCACCGAAUACGUCACGUGCCAAAUGUGCAAGAGCCCAAACACCACGAUGCAAAGGGACAGCAGAACCCGUCUGUGGCAGCAAAGCUGUGUGGCCUGUGGAGCGAACAGAUCCGUGACGACUAUCAAGAGUGGUUUCCAUGCCGUCGGCAAGGGCGAGCGAAGAAAGGCCAAGUUGGGAUAA